CAUCCCGAGCCGCCUUCAAGUACAUCUCCGGCUCCUCCGGCGACUCCUUCGCGGUCAAAUCGAUCGACAAGUCCCUCACCGCCGGCGACUCCCUCGACGCCCAGUGCCUCCUCACCGAGCCCAAGGUCCUGGGCCUCGUCUCGCCGCACCCUCACCUCGUCCAGCUCCACGCAACCUACGAGGACGAUUCCCACCUCCAUGGUGAUGGAUCUCUGCCCCAACUCCGACCUCCACGCCCUUAUUCUCGCCAACGGCGGAGUCUUUGCGGAGAAUGAAGCCAGAUCCAUUCUCGCCCAAUUUAUGACGGCCGUCUCCCACUGCCAUAGGAAGGGGGUGAUUCACGGGGACAACAAGCCCGACAACGUGCUGUUCGAUUCGUGGAAUUUGGUGAAAUUGGCGGAUAUCGGGUCGGCGGAGGUGGUGGUCGGGGGCGAGGCGGCGACCGGAAUUGUGGGGACGUCGUACUACGUCGCGCCGGAGGUCUUGUCUGGGUGGGAGUACGGGGAGAAAGUGGAUGUGUGGAGCGCUGGUGUGGUUUUGUACAUAAUGCUCGCCGGGCGCCCGCCGUUUUACGGGGAGAUGGCGGUGGAGAUCUUCGACGCCGUGUUGAGGGCGAAUCACAGCUUCCCGCCGAGGGUUUUCCUGUCGGUUUCGCCUAAGGCUAAGGAUUUGCUGAGGAGGAUGCUGUGUAAGGAUGUCUACAGGAGGUUCUCUGCAGAGCAAGUGCUCCGUAAGUUCUUAAAAAACAGAGACACUUUGUUUUUUGGCUCUGUUUAUCCCAAUUUCUUAUUUUAA